UUAUCCCUCUCUUCUCCAGGGCGGUGACAGACCCACGGGAUGGCCGGCGAGUAGCUCUCAAGAAAAUGCCCAACGUGUUCCAGACGCUCGUGUCCAGCAAGCGUGUCUUCCGGGAACUCCGUAUGUUGUGCUUCUUCAAACACGAGAAUGUGUUGUCAGCGCUGGACAUCCUACAACCUCCUCACCUUGACUUCUUCCAAGAGAUCUACGUGAUCACCGAGUUGAUGCAGAGUGACCUACACAAGAUCAUCGUCUCCCCACAACACUUGUCAGCCGACCACGUCAAGGUCUUCCUCUACCAGAUACUCAGAGGGCUGAAGUACCUCCACUCGGCGAGGAUAAUUCACCGAGACAUCAAGCCCGGGAACCUUCUCGUCAACUCCAAUUGUGUUUUAAAGAUCUGUGAUUUUGGUCUAGCCCGAGUAGAGGAGCCAGACGAGACCAAACACAUGACACAGGAGGUGGUCACACAGUACUACAGAGCUCCAGAGUUGCUCAUGGGUGCUCGCCACUACUCACAAGCCGUCGAUGUUUGGUCAGUAGGGUGCAUUUUUGGAGAGCUUCUGGGUCGGCGUAUACUCUUCCAGGCACAAAGUCCCGUACAGCAGCUUGAGCGAAUAACAGACCUCUUAGGAACGCCAAAUUUAGAAGAUAUGAAAUAUGCGUGUGAGGGUGCAGUAACACACAUGCUCCGGCGACCAUCUAAACCACCAGCACUUCCUGCACUCUACACAUUGUCUAAUCAUGCUACCCACGAGGCCGUCCACUUACUCACACAGAUGCUUGCCUUUGAUCCAGAUAAACGUUUGACAGUGACUGAAGCGCUCACACACCCAUAUCUGGAUGAAGGUCGGCUUCGGUAUCACUCAUGUAUGUGUACGUGCUGUGCCUCCACCUCUUGUGGCGGACGACAAUACACCCAUGAUUUUGAGCCAAUAGCAGCACAUGCAUUUGAUGACACUUGGGAAAAUGAGUUGCGAUCAAUGUCUCAGGUGAAAGAUCGACUGCACAAGUUCAUCAUGAGCCACCUAGCACGCGACCGUGUUCCUCUCUGUAUCAACCCAAUGUCUGCUGCUUACAAGAGCUUUGCCAGGUUGAAACCUGUAAAGUGAGGUGGUGGGGUGAGCCAUGUCAAAAUCGACCUUCAUCCCAGGUAGUAUAAGGGACAAAAUUGAUGCGCAAUUCCUAAGCGUGGUGUAAUAUCAGGUCUAGCUUACCGAGUAGAAAGGGCGAGCACUACAGCCAAUCACCUCCCAGCUACCAUCCACCUGCCACUUUCAGCUAAUGAGCAUCAUGCUAGCACAUGCAGUCUAGUGCUUCACCCACGUGUUGUUGACACACCAUUUUCCACUCCAUUAUUUCUCCUAUUUUCUAAGGUUUAUAUACAGGUAAACUAAUUUCACACAAUCAGUGGCAGCAAUACCUUUUUGUAUACUGUUAUGUGAAAUACUCGUGGUAUCAUUUUCAUUACCUUUUUCCGUGUAUAAAUUAAUGAUAACUAGUGUGGGUAAUUAUAAUUAUCUGUAAUUGUAAAAAAAAAAUUAAAAAGUCAGCGCAUUGCAUAAUAUUUCUACAGACAACCAAGGUUUCUUUCAAACCAUAAUUAAUAACACCAUAAUGAUUAAAAUUGAGUGUUAUUUGAGUUAAUUAUGCAUUUCUUAACUUUAAACACAGUUUACUCAAAACGUAAUUUUGGCGUUUUCGCUCUUCCUUCUUGUGACAUCUUAUGAGAUGUUUAUUUACAUUAAGAGCACCUGGGUUUAUAGUUGACAAACGAGGAGUGAUGCACGCUGGUUCUAGAUGCAUUUGUGAGAGGGCACUCAGAAAAAUGACAAUCCUUAGAAAAAGUGAUGCAAGAAAGUGAUGCAACAGUGCUAGUGUGAUGCCACUGUUAGCCAUAUUCCUGUGGCUCUUGUUAGGUAUUAACUCAAGACACCUAAUAUUAACAAACCUAGAGACUGUGGGUAUUGUUACAUGUCAUUACUGUACUUAGAUUGAACCUUGAACUAUGUUAGCUACAGUAUGGGUCUGUUGGUUCUCAGUUGUACAGUCCGUUGAUAUAUACUGUAUGAAUAUGUUUUUAGGUGCCAUGGGGCUCCUUAUUGUCUGCUACAGAUUCUUUAACUUAACACUACCCCUGACUUAUUACUGUCAGACUUCACACUAUCUCUCAUUGAUAACUCCACUGUAUCCCACAUUACUAACUAUUUCUUAUUUCAAUGAUUUCUUUUAUUUGUCUUACAUCUUUCACUUUUUGGGUCUUUCACUUUUUGGGUUUUUUUUGUAUUACUCUCACCUUUAUGUACAUUUGGUUAGGUAACAUUUAUCCUUCAUUGAUAUAUUUGUUAUCUUUACUCUCCUCUCCCACUCUUGUGUUGGGUGGAUCAAAGGAUGGUGAAACCUCUAGAAAGCAGGGGAAUGGUAUAGGAGAGUGGUGCAAGGGAAGUAUAGAAAGUGGUAGGGUAUGGAUUAAACUAUGAAUAGAUCUCCUCACACAAACGUAUACAUUCCCUUAUUCUCUCCUACACUUUUAUUUUGUUGUACAGACAAGUGACCAUUGAUUCACUUGGGUAAUGGCCAAACCAAUAGGUAAAAUUGCUUAGUUACAGUGGUUCCCAAAGUUUUUCACACAAAGCCCCCCCUGUUGCUUUUUAUCAAAUCCUCCUGCCCCUCCUCAUUUUUUAAAAUAAAUUAAUUAACUUUUAAUAGAUUUUACAAGCUGUACUCAUAUUUAUAUCACUUUCAAACUCAACUAAGUCAUUAUUUUACACAAUUUUAUUGAAAGUUUCUUAAUAAAGAAAAAAGAAUGUCAAUAUACAGUAUUAGUUUCUCCCAGUAUGGGAACCACUAGUCCCGGUAGAUAUUUUUAUCACUGGACUAAGGUCUCUGAUUCAGUGUGAGUAUCGUCUUUGGAUUAGAUCUUUCAUAAGACUGUUUAGGCCAUUGGUCUUUAAAUGGAAAUGUUUGGAGGAAGAAACAUAUUUUUGUUGGGACUUUCCUUCUUGUCUACAUAUUCUCAGUUUAUUUUGUGUUUACUUAAAAGGGGACUUGGUUUUUACCAAAAUUUUUAUUUUCAUGCAUGGUUAUGAAUACUGUAUUUUGUUGCAGAUUAUGUAUUCCAUUUAAAUACAAAAGCAUUUACUGAAACAUAUAAACUGCGACAGACAAUGAUCCAUAAUUAUAGCAAGAAAUGCUGGGGUAAUGCUGUUGACAAGGUCAUGUUGGUCAUUGAAUUGUAUGUAAACUGAACACUUCAUUACAUAUUGUCAUGCUACUCUUGUGAUGCAUCUUCUGACCAUUGUUGUGUUUGGAGUGUACAGUAUAUGUACAGUAUAGCAAUCAGUUUCUUACCUAAUUAUUUGUUGAUUUAUUGGUUUAUACUGUUUUACAUUAUAGAAUAUGUAUAUUUUUAUUCAUUUAUGCAUAUUGUUAAAAUAAUUGUUCCUGGUUAGUUUUUAUCAAUAGGCAGUUUCAAAAUUCAGAUUUUAUUGAAUUUAAAAAACAAAUAUCAACUGUUUGAUUUUUAUUGUUUUAGAAAAUUUUAA